CAGCUGGGAAAGGAAACAAGUCGGCAGGAGUCACUCGUCGGUACGGGGAGUUAGUAGAGAGGGAACGCGGAAUAAGCGGUCGCUCUGACAGCUGAUGUAAUGUAAUGUAAUGUAAUGUAAUGUAAUGGCGGCCGGUUGGCGUUGAGCUCAGAUGGCGGUGUGUGCCAGGCUAUGUGGGGUGGGCCAGUCGCGGAGGUGCAGGCGGAGACAGAGACACGGCCAGCGCGAGCAGGAGAGCGACUCUGAGGUGGACAUGGGCGAAGAAGAGGAGGAGGAGAAGAUCGUGGUUAAAAGCAAAGCGCGUGCACUCAGCGCUUGUCCUAAAGGCCGUGGCUCCGUGUGCAAUGAGGCCUCGGCCAAUCGCAGUGUCGCGGGCUUGGAGAAUGAAGAGGACACGGCCUGGACUGCAGCAGCGCCUCCUCAACCCCGAUCUCUCCUAGAUUUACCGCCCGAGCUUCUGGUAGAGAUCUUCUCCUCUCUGCCCGGCACGGCGCUGCCCAACCUGGCCCUGGUGUGCAAGAAAUUCCGGCAGAUCCUCAGCACUGAGACUAUAUGGAGAAGACGCUGUGUAGAGGAGUUUGGCAUGAAGGAUGACCUGCGGAAGAUGGAGGUAGCGGGGAUGUCCAGCCGGGAGCUUUAUGUCAAACUGCUCCAUCCAUACAGAUAUAUUUUGGGUCUCUGGCAGCCAGACAUAGGCCCCUAUGGAGGUCUGCUAAAUGUAGUGGUGGAUGGAUUGUUUAUCAUUGGCUGGAUGUAUCUGCCACCCCAUGAUCCACGAGUGGAGGAUCCCAUGCGUCGACGUCCUCUUUUCCGAAUCCACAUGUGGGAGCGUAACAAAGCCACUGUGGAGUGCAUGUACGGCCACAAGGGGCCUCACAAAGGCGACAUUCAGACAGUAAAAAAUGACGAGUUCUCUACCAAAUGCAACCAAACAGAUCACCACCGAAUGCCAGGGGGAAGACAAGAGGAGUUCCGUACAUGGCUGGAGGAGGAAUGGGGACGGACACUAGAGGAUAUUUUUCAUGAACACAUGCAGGAGUUGAUUCUCAUGAAGUUUAUCUACACCAGCCAAUAUGAUAAUUGCCUGACGUAUCGGCGGAUCUACUUGCCCCCGUGCCUCCCUUCAGACCUGCUGCAGCCGGGCCUCUUUAAAGGUACAUACGGCAGCCACGGCCUGGAGAUCAUUAUGCUGAGCUUCCACGGCUCUCGGGCCAAAGCCACCAAACUUACAGGUGACCCUAAUGUACCAGCUGGUCAGCUGACCUUAGACAUAGACCUGAGUCGGCCAGUGCAGCUGCCUGACUUGGAGCACCAGCAAAAUAUCGAGGAGCUUUCUCGCUUGGUGAUAGGGGUACAUGAAGAGAUUCAGAGAGGUGCCACAGGUACAGUUGCCCCCACAGUGGGUACUUCAGGGGCAGAGGGCUCUGAUGCUGCCCCUGGCUCUGGAGCUGAGGAUGCAAGCAGUUCUGGAGCUUCUAGCAGACAGGAUGAACCUCAGCCCUUUGUCCUGCCUUUAGGGGUCAUGGCCCGCAAUGAGGUGUACCCACGAUCAUGCAAGAUAUGUUUCUAUGGAACAGGUCUGAUAGCGGGUCAUGGCUUCACGAGUCCGGAGCGCACCCCUGGCCUGUUCGUCCUUUUUGACGAUGACCGCUUCGGGUUCAUCUGGCUGGAGCUGAAGUCUUUCAGCCUGUACAGCCGCUUGACAGACAAGCUGGAACAUGCUGAGGCCCCCAGCAUGGAGCGUUUUGAGGCCAUGCUUCGCAACAUGCAGUCCUGGACAUCCUGAUAGGCAGCCUUUCCUGCCUUGCUUCUUAUUUCACACAUGCUAAAAAGAAUUGGUAGUUUCAGAGCUGCAGGGCCACAUCUCUAAUUUGCCUGGCUUGACUUGUGCACUAAUAAUCAAUCCACUGUUGAGUUAAGCUAGGUGUGUUACACAAAAGUCCAUAGUGCUGUGGUCUUUCAGCAUUGGAACUGCCCAUUCCUGUGCUACAUGCUCUAAAAUCUGGAUUACAUUCUCAGCCCCUCACAUCCCCACACAACCUGAAGAAACCUCCCAGUAAUCUCAUACAUGCACAAGAAAAACUUGCCACACAGGUAUGUUUGCAGCUGCAAGUUCAUAUAUGUUGUAUUAUACACUGAUGCUUUCUUAUCAGCUUUUUAAUUAAUUUAUUUUUGUAACCUGGAGAUGAUAAAGAUGAGGAUACAUUUCACCCGUAUAUUCCAGAACAAACUGAGUGUGCCUCUGUAUCAUUAUCAUUAUUUAUCCCAAGUCUAGUCUUAGAAAAUUGUAGCUUCUUGUACUGCUGAAGUGAUUUAAGUUAUAAGUGAAGUUAAGUAUGGGUUUUUAGCUGUUUGGUUGGUGUGGUAGUAUAAUGUCUAUUAUUGUCUGAUUUUAUUCUUUUUAAAAGUCUGCACUGCUAUUUCUGUUGCUUUUACUUAAGUCAGCAUUGUCCAUGGUGAUGAUUUUUGAUGAAGUUUUGCAUUGAUUUUAUUUGAAUAAUUUUAACAAAUAACUACCGUAGCCUGUGGUACACAUUUAAGGUAUAUUUAAGGCCAAAUAUCAUAAUUUUCACUUAUUCCUAUUUGUAAUUCAUCAGCCCAAAUGCGUGUAGUGUCUAAGACUGAGUUGUUUUUUUUUUAAAUUUUGCAUUAGAGCAAAGAGGCUAAUAUAGCUAACAAGUAAUGGGAGCAUAUUUCACCCAAAUUCUUUUAUGAAAUGUCCUCAAGCAAUAAAUAUAUACAGUGCGGUGAAAAAGUGUGUGUCCCUAUCCUGAUUUCUUCUGUUUUUGUGUAUAUCUCAUACUAAAUAGUUUUAGAUCUUCAAACGAAAUACAACAUAAAACAAAGGCAAGCUGAGUAAACACACAAAGUUUUUAUUUAUAAUUUUUUUUAUUGAAGCAAACAAAAGUUAUCUAGCACCUAUCACCAAUGUGAAAAAUUAAUUGCCCCCUUAAACUUAAAAUCUGGUUGUGCCACUUUUAGCAGCAAUAACUGCAACACUUCCGAUAAUCAGAGAUCAGUCUUUCGCUUACUUCUAGGACUAGGAUUUACUCCUAUGCUUUGGAUCAUUGUCUUGCUGCAUAAUCCAGUUACGCUUGAGUUUCAAUUUAUGGACUGAAGACCGGACAUUAUUAUGCAAGUUGCCCAGGCCUUGAAGCAGCAAGGCAUCCCCACACUGCCUCCACCAUGCUUGAAUGUAGGUAUGAUUUUCUUUUUGUGGAAUUCUGUGUUCGGUUUUAUACCAGUUGUAAACGGGACCCCUGUCUUCCAAACAGUUCCACUUUCGACUCCUCAAUCCACAGGACAUUCUCCCAAAAGGUUUGAGGAUGAUCGAGGAGUGUUUUGGCAAAAUUCAGAUGAGCCUUAAUGUUCUUCUGGGAUAGCAGUGGUUUUCACCUCACCAGUCAUGGAUGCCAUAUUUGCCUGUAAUUCCUUUGAGAUUGUUCUUGACUCUUUUGUGACUUCUGGAUGAGAAGUUGCUGUGCUCUUGGAGGAAUUUUGGAAGGUUGGCCACUUCUGGGAAGGAUCACUACUGUGCCGAGGCUCUCACUGUGGUCCUUUGAAGCCUUUGAAAUAGCUUUGUAACCCUUCCCAGACUGAUGUAUUUCAAUCACCCUCUUCCUCGCCAUUUCUGGACUUUCCUUCAAUUUUGGCGUAGUGUGUUACUGGGUAAGACCUUUUAACCAAUUUCAUGCUGUUGUAAAAGUUGUAAAGUUGUAAAAUUGUUGAUUUGAUUGAACAGGGUUUGCAGUAACCUGGCCUGGUUGCUAGUCCAGCUGAACCACAUUGUGAAGUUUCAUAGAUUUGAAUUAGUAACUACAAAUACAUUUUCACACAGGCCCAGUUGGUAUUGGAUAACUUUUUUUGCUUCAGUAAAUAACGUUAUCAUUUUGUAACUGUAUUUUUUGUUUAUUCAGGUUGUCUUUGUUUUAUCUUGGAUUUUGUUUUAAUUUCUGAAACAAUUUAGUAUGAGAUAUACACAAAAACAGAAAUAAUUUUUCACAGCACUAUAUCAGAUCCCAUUCCUAAGUAGACCAGUGUGUACCUAUGAUUCAAGUACACAUGAUUUAAUUUAAUUUAUAAAAACAAAAACACUGUGAUGGUAUGGGGUCAGCAAUUUCGAAAAUUUCUUUGGUGCAUUUUUUUUUGUAUCAUUUUUGCCCCAAAAUUGUACUGGAAUGCUGUGGGUUAUGUGGAUGACAUAGUAUAUACAGUAUCUCACAAAAGUGAGUACACCCCUCACAUUUUUGUAAAUAU